UGGAAGCAGGAUGCAGUUAACAACACUGCCACUCUGCACCAUGGCUGCUGUUGUCUAUCUGUACCAGAAAACCGACAUAUAAAAAUUUACAUUUAUAUCAAUAUUUUUCACUAGAAAAACAUGGAGCGAUCAGAUUAAACAUACGAGGAUAUUUACUUAUCUUAAACUCGAUGCGUUUUUAUAAAAGUCAGCGCACCAUUUUACAAUUUUUAAUCUAAAUACAAAAUACAAUGUCAACAGUGUCUCAUAGUCGUUGCAGCUUUAAAAACUAACACAUCUGGAAUUUAUUCUAGCGAAAUAGAGCAUUUUAGAUUUUAAAACGCUUUGUUUCCAUUACUAGGCCGAUUUGAAGAUUAUCCUUUUCUUUAAAAAAAAUACAUUUUUAUGUUGUGUUUGUUUUUAUGCACAGGAAGUAUUCAGUUUUCAUAUAGCUCAAUACUUACUAGUAAGUUAUCCUUACAAGCGAACAAAACAACGCAAAAUGGACGAUUUUAGCUCAAUCAGUCUACUUUCGUUGGCUAUGCUGGUGGGGUGCUACGUUUCUGGGACCAUUCCUUUGGCUUUCAACUUUUCAGAGGAGAAGCUGAAGCUUGUGACUGUGUUGGGAGCAGGGCUGCUAUGUGGAACUGCUCUGGCUGUUAUCAUACCUGAAGGCGUGCACAUACUUUACGAGGACAUUUUGGGAGAGAAGCACGAAUCUGUGAGUGAGGGGCAGGGGGUGGAGACUGGGGAGACUGUGGUGAAGGAUGUCCUGGGAGUUGCAGUGGAGGGGGGGCACGAGCACAGCCAUGACCACGCUCAACUGCACGCAUACAUCGGGGUCUCGCUGGUGCUCGGCUUCGUCUUCAUGCUGCUGGUGGAUCAGAUCGGCAGCUCACACGUGCACGCCACCGAGGAUCCAGAGGGAGGGAGAGCAGCCAACUCUAAAAUCACCACCACUCUGGGGCUGGUUGUUCACGCUGCAGCGGAUGGUGUGGCUCUGGGAGCUGCAGCCUCCACCUCUCAGACCAGUGUUCAACUCAUCGUGUUCGUCGCCAUCAUGCUGCACAAGGCUCCGGCUGCCUUUGGGCUUGUCUCGUUCCUGAUGCACGCUGGACUGGAGCGCAAUCGAAUCCGGAGACACUUGAUGGUGUUCGCCCUGGCAGCCCCUGUGCUCUCCAUGCUCACAUACCUGGGACUCAGCCAGAGCAGUAAGGAGGCUCUCUCAGAGGUCAAUGCCACCGGAGUGGCCAUGCUGUUUUCUGCUGGCACCUUCCUGUAUGUCGCCACAGUGCAUGUGCUGCCUGAGGUGGGCGGGACCGGGCACAGCCACGCCUCCACCAGCAAUGGGGGAAAGGGACUGAGCAGAGUGGAGGUCGCUGCCCUGGUGGUGGGAUGUCUCAUUCCUCUAGUGCUCUCAAUAGGGCACCAACAUUAACAGGGCUGUUAUUAACGGUAUUCAUGAUAACAGGACAGCUUUUUGAAGGUCACAAUGACCUCUCCUGCAGAGGCAAGACCUAACACAAAAGGAGUGUAUACAAAACAAUGUGAUAGUUAGUGUAAACAGAGUGAGAUUCAGUAACAAUAAAAGUCUGUGAAGUGAGAGGGUGGAUAAAAAGCACUUUUAGGGUGCGUGGGGCGUCCUUUUGUGGGAACAGAACAUUUUAAUCUUUUUUUUUUUUUUUUUUGACCUUGUUUGAUAAUAGGGUUGAGAGGGGGAAGGUGGGCAAAUGUUUUUUUUUUUUUUAUGGUGAAUGUGUUGUGAAGGUGGUAUUAGGAAAGUUCUACUUAUGGGACCAUUUUGCAAGUCUGUCUAUUUAAAACCAGAACCUGUAGAACUUAAUUGACAAUCCUUUUGAUAUACAGUAUGCUGGGGCUGAAAUAGUCGAGUAUGGCAAACUGUGUUCUGUGUAUGUGUGCGGCACUAUGCUGUUAUAGAUAUGAAGAAUGGCCCAAAAAUGUUUAUAAACUGUAGCCAGAUUGACAUUGUACAGGUCAUCGAUUUUGACUGAAGCUAGUGUUUUAUUCUAAUAAAUUUAAAUGUGUCUAA